AGCGGCCCAUGAUGGACAAUGGUUUCUCUUCCCCUCGAAACGAUGCGUUUCCUGCUGGUCUCCGUGUUCUUGUUGUCGAUGACGAUCCCACCUGGUUGAAAAUUCUUGAAAAGAUGCUCAAAAAGUGCUCUUAUGAAGUGACCACAUGUGCUUUAGCAAGAGAUGCUCUGCACUUGCUUCGUGAGAGGAAAGAUGGAUAUGACAUCGUGAUCAGUGAUGUCAACAUGCCUGACAUGGAUGGUUUUAAACUUCUAGAACAUGUUGGACUGGAGAUGGAUCUUCCUGUAAUCAUGAUGUCUGUUGAUGGCGAAACGAGCCGGGUUAUGAAAGGCGUUCAGCAUGGAGCCUGUGAUUAUCUUCUUAAGCCAAUACGAAUGAAAGAACUUCGGAAUAUAUGGCAGCAUGUAUUCAGAAAGAAAAUAAAUGAGGUAAGAGACAUUGAAAUUCUUGAAGGAAUGGAAACUAUCCAGAUGACUAGAAAUGGAUUAGAUCUGCCCGAUGAUGGUCACUUGGUUUGUGGAGAAGAUCUGACUUCAGUCAAGAAAAGAAAAGAUAUUGAAGGCAAACAUGAUGACAAAGAUCCUGGUGACAAUUCUUCCACAAAGAAAGCCAGAGUAGUUUGGUCAGUAGACCUUCAUCAGAAAUUUGUCAAAGCUGUAAAUCAGAUAGGAUUUGAUAAAGUUGGUCCAAAGAAAAUCCUUGACUUGAUGAAUGUACCAUGGUUGACAAGAGAAAAUGUUGCAAGCCACUUGCAGAAAUACCGUCUCUAUUUGAGUAGAUUGCAGAGGGAAGAUACUGUCUCUCUUGAUGGGAUAAAGCAUUCAGACUCACCUUUGAGAGAUUCUGCUGGUAGUUUUGGUACUCAGAACUCGAUCAACAAGCAACAGCUUGAUGUUGCAAAUCGCAGCUAUGGAUUUCCAGGAAAUAGUUUACUUGUCCAAAAUACGGAGCCUAGAAGCCAUGACAGUGAAAGAAAGGGAAUUGUCUCAAAGAGUGCUGCAGAACCCAAAGGAGCUUUAAGUUUUGAAGUUCCUGAUUCUCGUAAGCCCAAGAGUUCACAAAUGGAAUUUGGUCAUUCUUUUAUUUCUCCAGGAUCAGAAGUAAACUUUGCAGAAUUUGAUUCAAACUUCCCAACAAGGUUUUCAUGGUGUGAAGUUCCGCAAACUCAACUCAAGCAAGAACCUAAGCCACUCCAUUUAGAUGAUGGGCUUAGCCAGCUAACACUACCUGGUAAACAGCAGCGCAUUCAAGCUGAUUAUCCACAGCCGGCUCCGCCCAUUAUUUCUGGAUCUUCUGUAACUGAAAGAGAUAUAGGCUCUGUCAAAAUUAAGCCUUUGAAUGACGAAUGCAGGAACAAUGCCAGCCUAGCAAGUUCAAUAGGAAGCACAAUUGAAACUAGUCAUGUUCAAACCAAGACCCAUGCGGCAAGUCAUCAAGCUUUCGAUCCCAUUUCCAUCAAUACAUCAAGCAUGAAAAACCAGACCUCCUAUUCGAGUUGCAUAUCGGACUUGGAGUCAACCCAAAAGAAUAUAAAUUGGGGACUGUCACCUUUUGCAACAUUGGAUGAUGAUCUUCAGGUCUGUUGGGUUCAAGGUGAUUGUUAUGCUAUGAAUCUUGGACUCCAAAACAUUGAGUUUCCUGAGUACUGUGAUCCGGGGCUUAUUGCUGAUGCUCCAACAUACUUGUAUGAUGCGGUGAGGUUUGACUACGAGAAUCUCUAUGACCCAACAGAAUAUCCUCUAAUAGAGCAAGGUUUGUUUAUAGCAUAACCUUGCUCCACCUUCCAUAAACUUCAUCAUUUCCUAUCUAAAAUAGAUGACCAAGCCAUCAAGAGGGGUGUUUGAAACUCCUGUAGAUUGGGACAUUAUUUCCUGGACAGUCAGGGUCUUGGAAGUUGAAACAUAUAUUAAGCAUAAUAAGCUUGCUUCUUCAGGUUUCUGUAACAUGCGACUUCAUUAGUAGUGUUGUAUAUGUUUGUAUGAUGUUUGAUUAAAGGGAGCAUGCACAUGGAUGCAUGCGGCGACUGUCAUUAUUCCUUGGAAAUUUUGUAAGUGAAGGUCAUGAGCCACUAGAAGUUAAAUAUAUCAUCUUGUUGCAAA